GGCGGGAGCAGAGGGAGCCGACACGAUCUCGGUAGAGGAGGCUGGGGGAUCGCAAUGUCAGUGCUGCAUUCUGAAAAGCGGUGGCAGCGGCCCGCGGUGUGUGAAGUUCCGGGCGCACACCCUCAAUUGCUGAUGAGCCCUGGCGCUCCUCAACGCACAGGAGAGGCUCCCAUUUUGCUUUAUUAGAGAAAAGAAUGAGAAAUGAGCUGCCGAAGGAAUGUGGCAAUGAGAAGAGUGAAGGACAGUUUUGUGCCAGCAGCUAAGUUGUAAAAUUGCUUUGGAGGCUGCCCGGGGAGCACGAUAGAAUUCACAAGAACAGACUCCGUUGCAGAUCAAAGGCAUGCCUGAUUGCACAUGAGUCUGAUCGCUGGGAUGCAGCCUCAGCUCCUGCUCUUACUAUUUGUGGCUGAAUAAAGGAACCGAGACUAGAAACACGAUUGCGGGUGCUAUUCCUGAAAGGAAAACACAUACGCUCAAAAAGGAAGGGGAGGAACAGCCCAACUGAUACUGCAUGAAGUUAUGUGGAAAUGAGAGAGAUUCACAAAACCCCUCCGCUAGGAGAGAAUGUCGUUCAUCAAAGGAGCUUUGCUUCUGGUUUUCACAAGACUCUGACGUUGUGGCAGAGCCAUGGCUGCUGUUCAGGCUAUUUUCAGUGAUUCACAGAACAUCUGAACAGUGAUGCUUGCCUUGAACAUACAGAUUUUCAACCUGAUACCUUGUUUACUUCUUUGGGACAGAAAAACUUGCACUAAUUGCUCUCCAUGGUGGCCAACCUUUUCAAGAGCCUGAUUUUACCUUACAUACAUAAGCUUUGCAAAGGAAUGUUUACAAAGAAACUGGGAAAUACAACCAAAAAAAGAGAGAAUCAUCAGCAGAAAAAGGAUCAAGAUAUUCUUCCUGCUGGGCAGACCAAAACUCCCAAAUUUUCUAAUACCUUAAAAAGCACUGUCAAGAAGAUUGCAAAGUGUACCUCUGCUCGUAACUUAUCCAUUGAAGAAGACGAGGCCAAUAAAGAAUUUUCCCUAUCACCAACAUUCAGUUACCGAGUAGCUAUUGCCAAUGGCUUACAAAAGAAUAUUAAUGUAACCAAUGGUGAUAAUGAGGCUCUGCUUCGAAAGCUAUCUUCAACUGAGAGUUCCUACUCAGAAUCAUUAAAUGAACUAAGGAGUAGUACGGAAAACCAGGCACAGUCAACACACACAAUGCCAGUUAGACGCAAUAGGAAGAGUUCGAGCAGCCUCGCACCCUCGGAGGGUAGCUCUGAUGGGGAACGCACCUUACAUAGCUUAAAGCUAGGAGCUUUACGUAAACUGAGAAAAUGGAAGAAGAGUCAAGAGUGUGUCUCCUCAGACUCAGAAUUGAGCACAAUGAAGAAAACGUGGGGAAUAAGAAGCAAAUCUCUGGACAGAACUGCCCGAAACCCAAAGGCAAAUGUCCUAGAGCCAGGAUUUAGUUCCUCUGGCUGCAUUAGCCAAACACAUGAUGUCAUGGAAAUGAUCUUUAAGGAACUUCAGGGAAUAAGCCAGAUCGAAAUGGAACUUUCUGAACUACGAGGGCAUGUGAAUGCUCUCAAGCACUCUAUCGAUGAGAUCUCCAGCAGCGUGGAGGUUGUACAAAGUGAAAUUGAACAGCUACGUACGGGGUUCGUCCAGUCCCGGAGGGAAACCAGAGACAUCCAUGAUUAUAUUAAACACUUAGGUCAUUUGGGUAGCAAGGCAAGCCUGAGAUUUUUAAAUGUGCCUGAAGAAAGACUCGAAUACGUUGAAAGUGUGGUAUACCAAAUUCUGAUAGAUAAAAUGGGGUUUUCAGAUGCACUAAAUGCUAUUAAAAUUGAAUUUGCUCAAAGACUAGGACAGCAAAGGGACUGUCCAAAUGCAAAGCCUCGACCCAUACUUGUGUACUUUGAAACCCCUCAGCAAAGGGAUUUUGUCUUAAAAAAAUCAUAUAAACUGAAAGGAACAGGCAUCGGGAUCUCAUCAGAUAUUCUUACUCAUGACAUCAGAGAAAGAAAAGAGAGAGGAAUGCCAACCUCCCAGACAUAUGAGAGCAUGGAUAUAAAACUGUCUACUCCAGAGCCCAAAGUCAAGAACAAUUGGCAGUCACCCAAUGACAGUGAUGGAGAGCUGGAAUCUGACCUCAAUAGAAACAGUUAUGCAAUGCUUUCCAAGUCAGAGCUUCAAACAAAAGGAGGUGCUUCCAAGUCAAGCUCAAAGUCUCACAAUGCUAGAUCCAAGAAUAAAACUGCUAAUAGCAGCAGAAUUUCAGAUAAAUCAGAUUAUGACAAAAUUUCCUCACAAUUGCCAAAAUCAGAUAACUUGGAAAAGCAAACCACAACCCAUUAUGUAGAUGCAAUGCCCCUCUGGCAUUCACAGAGUGAUUUUUUCACCACUAAACUUAGUCGUUCUGAAUCAGAUUUUUCCAAAUUGUGUCAGUCUUACUCGGAGGACUUUUCAGAAAAUCAGUUUUUCACUAGAACUAAUGGAAGCUCCCUCCUGUCAUCUUCAGACCGGGAACUUUGGCAGAGGAGACAGGAGGGCACGCCUACCUCUUAUGACAGUCCCCAGGACCAGCGUUUGAAUGGGAGUGUUCAGGGUGUCCAAAGGCAGAAUGAAAUGGAAAACACAGAAACUGUGGAUAGCGGAAUGAGUAAUGGCAUGGUAUGUGCAUCUCUGGACCGAAGUCAUUAUAGUGAUUCUCAGCUCUCCUUACAUGAGGAUCUUUCUCCAUGGAAGGAAUGGAAUCAAGAAGAGCAAGGAGCUGACUUAGGCUUGGAUUCAUCCACUCAGGAAGCUUUUGACUAUGACACGAACAGUCUAUCUGAUCAACAGCUGGAUGUUUCCAGUAAAGACCUACAAGACUUCGGAAAGUGCCACAGUGACCUUCAGGAUGACUCUGAGAGCUAUGAUUUAACCCAAGAUGACAACUCAUCACCCUGCCCAGGAUUGGAUAAUGAAACACAAGGCCAGUGGGUUGGUCAAUAUGAUGCCUAUCAAGAAGCUAAUUCUAAUGAGCUGCACCAAAAUCAAAACCAGUUGUCCAUGAUGUAUGGAAGUCAAAGUGAACUGCAAAGUGAUGAUUCGGAGGAUGCACCACCCAAAUCUUGGCACAGUCGAUUAAGCAUUGACCUUUCUGAUAAGACUUUUAGCUUCCCGAAAUUUGGAUCGACAUUACAGAGGGCUAAAUCAGCUUUGGAAGUUGUGUGGAACAAAAGCACACAGAGUCUCAGCGGGUAUGAGGAUAGUGGCUCAUCCAUAAUGGGGAGGUUUCGGACAUUAUCCCAAUCCACUGCAAAUGAAUCGAGUACCACCCUUGACUCUGAUGUCUAUGCAGAGCCCUGUUACUACAAAGCAGAGGAUGAGGAGGAUUAUAGUGAACCAGUAGCUGAUAAUGAAACAGAUUAUGUUGAAGUGAUGGAACAAGUCCUUGCUAAACUAGAAAACAGGACUAGUAUUACUGAGAUAGAUGAACAAAUGCAAGAAUAUGACCACCCUUCAUCUGAGACUCCUUAUGAAACCCCACAAGAUGAGGGUUGUGAUGGUCAGGUGAAUGAUGUGGUUAGUGAUGGGGGAUUAGAACCCUCAAAUGAAGCAUCAGUUGAAAUGGAAAUAAGAGAAGAUGAAAACCGAAACAUGCCUGAACAGCCAGUGGAAAUCACAAAGCCAAGGAGAAUCCGACCUUCUUUUAAAGAAGCAGCUUUAAAAGCCUACAAGAAGCAAAUGGCAGAGUUGGAAGAAAAGAUCCUGGCUGGAGAUAGCAGUUCUGUGGAUGAAAAGGUUCGAAUAGUGAGUGGCAAUAGUUUGGACGCUUGCAAAUUUUCUGCAUUCCAGGCGUUUGGUGGGGCAGGGCGGGGACUUUAUGGUAUUGACAGUAUGCCAGAUCUCCGCAGGAAAAAAACUUUGCCUAUUGUACGAGAUGUGGCCAUGACCCUGGCUGCCCGGAAAUCUGGACUCUCUCUGGCUAUGGUGAUUAGGACAUCUCUAAACAACGAGGAACUGAAAAUGCAUGUCUUCAAGAAGACCUUGCAGGCAUUGAUCUACCCCAUGUCCUCUACCACCCCGCACAAUUUUGAGGUCUGGACGGCUACCACGCCCACCUACUGUUACGAGUGUGAAGGGCUCCUGUGGGGCAUUGCCCGGCAAGGCAUGAAGUGUUUGGAGUGUGGAGUGAAGUGCCAUGAAAAGUGUCAGGAUCUCCUAAACGCUGACUGUUUGCAGAGAGCAGCAGAAAAGAGUUCUAAGCAUGGUGCUGAAGACAAGACUCAGACCAUUAUUACAGCGAUGAAAGAAAGGAUGAAGAUCAGGGAGAGAAACAGGCCAGAGGUAUUUGAAGUAAUUCAGGAAAUGUUUCAGAUUUCUAAAGAAGAUUUCGUACAAUACACAAAGGCAGCCAAACAGAGUGUACUGGAUGGGACAUCUAAGUGGUCAGCAAAAAUAACCAUAACAGUGGUUUCGGCACAAGGCUUGCAGGCAAAAGACAAAACAGGGUCCAGUGACCCAUAUGUUACAGUUCAGGUUGGGAAGAACAAAAGAAGGACUAAAACAAUCUUUGGAAACUUGAAUCCAGUUUGGGAUGAGAAGUUUUAUUUUGAGUGCCAUAACUCCACAGACCGCAUCAAAGUCAGAGUGUGGGAUGAAGAUGAUGACAUAAAAUCUAGAGUCAAGCAACACUUCAAAAAGGAGUCAGAUGAUUUUCUGGGACAAACAAUUGUAGAAGUGAGGACCCUGAGUGGAGAAAUGGAUGUCUGGUACAACUUAGAGAAACGGACAGAUAAGUCAGCUGUAUCUGGGGCCAUUCGAUUGAAAAUCAAUGUGGAAAUAAAAGGAGAGGAGAAGGUUGCUCCAUAUCAUAUGCAAUAUACAUGUUUACAUGAGAAUCUCUUCCAUUACUUGACUGAGGUAAAAUCUAAUGGUGGAGUGAAAAUCCCAGAGGUGAAAGGGGAUGAAGCGUGGAAGGUUUUCUUUGACGAUGCUUCCCAAGAAAUAGUGGAUGAAUUUGCCAUGCGUUAUGGGAUUGAAUCCAUUUAUCAGGCUAUGACGCACUUUUCAUGUCUGUCUUCUAAAUACAUGUGUCCUGGUGUCCCUGCUGUCAUGAGCACUUUGCUGGCAAAUAUAAACGCUUUCUAUGCUCACACUACAGUUUCGACAAAUAUACAGGUUUCUGCCUCAGAUCGAUUUGCUGCUACCAACUUUGGUAGGGAAAAAUUCAUAAAACUACUGGACCAGUUGCACAAUUCUUUGAGGAUUGACCUGUCGAAGUAUAGGGAAAACUUUCCUGCCAGCAACUGUGAAAGACUGCAAGAUCUGAAAUCAACUGUUGACCUGCUAACAAGCAUCACCUUUUUUAGGAUGAAGGUUCUGGAACUUCAAAGCCCCCCAAAGGCCAGUAUGGUGGUGAAGGACUGUGUCAGAGCUUGUCUGGAUUCUACAUACAAGUACAUUUUUGACAAUUGCCAUGAGCUCUAUUCUCAGCUAAUAGAUCCGAGUAAGAAACAGGACAUUCCUCGGGAAGAUCAGGGACCAACCACCAAGAAUUUGGAUUUUUGGCCCCAACUUAUUACACUGAUGAUCACUAUUAUUGAUGAGGAUAGAACUGCCUACACACCUAUCUUGAAUCAGUUUCCUCAAGAACUGAACAUGGGAAAAAUAAGUGCUGAAAUUAUGUGGACCCUUUUUGCUCAGGAUAUGAAAUAUUCACUAGAAGAACAUGAAAAGCAACGGUUAUGUAAGAGCACCGAUUACAUGAAUUUGCAUUUCAAAGUGAAAUGGUUUUAUAAUGAAUAUGUGCGAGAGCUUCCUGCCUUCCUGGAUACUGUUCCUGAAUACUCCUUGUGGUUUGAGCCUUUUGUCAUGCAAUGGCUAGACGAAAAUGAAGAUGUUUCAAUGGAGUUCCUUCAGGGAGCACUGGGAAGAGACAAAAAAGAUGGAUUCCAGCAGACAUCUGAUCAUGCCCUCUUCUCCUGCUCCGUGGUUGACGUGUUUGCUCAGCUUAAUCAGAGCUUUGAGAUUAUCAAGAAACUGGAAUGCCCGAAUCCUGAAGCAUUAUCUCACUUAAUGAGAAGAUUUGCAAAGACUAUCAAUAAAGUGCUGCUUCAGUAUGCUGCAAUAGUAUCGAAUGAAUUCAGUUCAUACUGUGAUAAGGAAAACGUGCCCUGUAUCUUGAUGAACAAUAUUCAACAAUUGAGGGUCCAGCUGGAAAAAAUGUUUGAAUCCAUGGGUGGAAAAGAGCUAGAUCCUGAAGCUAGUACUAUUCUAAAAGAACUUCAAGUUAAACUCAGUGGGGUUUUGGAUGAGCUCAGCAUCAUUUACGGUGAAAGUUUCCAGCUUAUAACUGAAGAAUGUAUAAAACAGAUGAAUUUUGAACUAAAUCAAAUGAGAGCAAAUGGAAACACCACAUCUAAUAAGAACAGUGCGGCAAUGGAUGCAGAGAUUGUGUUAAGACCACUCAUGGACUUCUUGGACAAAACAUUAAGCCUCUCAGCAAAAAUCUGUGAGAAAACAGUGCUCAAGAGAGUUUUAAAAGAGCUAUGGAAGCUGGUUCUUAACAAAAUAGAAAAACAAAUUGUUCUCCCUCCUCUGACAGAACAAACAGGACCCCAGAUGAUUUUCAUUGCAGCUAAAGAUCUUGGACAGUUAUCCAAACUGAAGGAGCACAUGAUUCGAGAGGACACCAAGGGCCUGACGCCAAGACAGUGUGGCUAUAGUGGAGUAGCUGUUUCAAUUUACAAGCAAUACUUUCAUGCAGGAGGAAAUGGCCUGAAAAAGAAUUUCUUGGAGAAAAGCCCAGCUCUUCAGUCUCUGAGAUAUGCUCUCAGUCUUUAUACCCAGACUACUGAUGCCUUGAUAAAGAAAUUCAUAGACACUCAAACCUCACAGAGUCGCUCUUCCAAAGAAGCCGUGGGUCAGAUAUCUGUUCAUGUGGACAUCACCACCACCCCAGGCACUGGAGAGCAUAAAAUCACUGUGAAAGUGAUUGCUAUUAAUGAACUAAACUGGCAGACCACAGCAAUGUUUCGCCCCUUUGUGGAAGUUUGUAUUCUGGGACCCAACCUGGGAGACAAGAAGAGAAAACAAGGCACAAAGACAAAAAGCAACACGUGGUCACCAAAGUACAAUGAAACGUUUCAGUUCAUUCUGAGUAAAGAAAACUUCCCAGGGGCCUAUGAACUUCAUCUCUCAGUUAAGGAUUACUGCUUUGCCCGAGAAGAUCGAAUUAUCGGAAUGACAGUCAUUCAGCUACAGAAUAUAGCGGAAAAGGGAAGCUAUGGGGCAUGGUAUCCUCUUGUGAAAAAUAUCUCUAUGGAUGAAACUGGUUUGACCAUCCUUAGAAUACUUUCUCAGAGGUCCAGCGAUGAUGUGGCUAAAGAAUUCGUAAGACUUAAAUCUGAAACAAGAGCUACUGAAGAGAGCACUUGAAACGCAUACUGCAAGAUAUCAUCUUCAAGAAUUCAUAAACUAUAAUUGUUUGACUAUUGCAUGCAUGUGCAAAUACAUGGGAAUGUCUAGUUCACUUUCACUAUGUUUCAGUGUUUGCCAGUAAUCAAGUACAAUAUCUACAAGGUAUAUGGAAAACAUGCUGAACUUUUAUGCUAAUUAUGGUCUUUAAGAAGUAAAUGUUCCAUGAAGUGCCAAAAUUAUGAUGUAAAAUGAAAUAUCAAGAACAGCUUUUAAAAUAUUGAUUUCAAGUCAUUAUCAUUUUUUCAUCUAUUAAACAUACUAAAAAACAAUUAGUCUUUUGAGUUUGUCCAUUAGUUGUCAUUCUUAAAUUUGUUGAUAUUGCCCAUAAAUCAUAAAGCGUUUGUUACUCAAAUUCUGUUUUAAUUAGACUUAAACUCAUUGUCGAUGUCCUACCCUUUUCUACCAUAUCUAGAUACAUGGUCACUUCUAGAAAGCAUUUGUAAUUUUAUAGUUGCAGAUAUAUUGUGAUGAUUUUUGCAAACAAAUUAAAAUAGAAAAGGUGGGAAAUAUUUUAUGCUGACCAGUUUCCAACCUUUCUGAAAUAUCACUGUGAAGAACUGCUAUUAAAGCAAACUUAUACAAAGCAAUGCUAAAUAGAGUUUGUUAACAAUGUUUGAUAUAUUGAAAAAAAAAAUCUUUGUUCUUCAAAACUGCCAAGGUCACAUCACAUUUGUAAAAAUGGGAAGUUGAUGCAUUUGCCAUAUAGCAUUAUGUCUCAGCUUUACCAAAUUUCAUUCUUUGGAAAGUCAUAGAGUAAUGGUUUAGAAAUGAGAUGAAAGAUUUGUUUCUUAAAAUUACCCAUGAUAAGUAACUAUACUGUUAGUGUUUUCCCUCUGACAGCUAUGACUAUCUCCUUAUUUAUUUAGCUCUAUAAUCAGUUAAAUGCUUUUUACUUUUAAAAAUAUUGAACAAUUUGUACUGAAUGCAGCAUUAUAUAUUGCACUGGAGCAAAAGUCAUGUCUUCAUCUACUUAGUGAUGUGUAAAAUAAAGUCUGAAGAAAUUGCUUAAACUUUUGUAAUUGAUGUUAUUUAUACGUCCAAAAUGCAUCAGAUGCAACAGGAAGACAACUUAACACAGCUCUGUACGUAAAGAUAUAUCUAAGUUGGUUUUGAAUAUGAAAUAGUCUAUGAAUAUUUGCAUUUUCUGUAUUUUUAUGGUUUGACCUUUUAGAGUCCGUACUUAAAUACUUGGCUGUAGAUCAGUACUUCGUAAUUGUAAACUUAUGGUCAUAACUGUUAGUGGACUACCCACUAAUGCAGAAUCAAGAACCUGUAUUUUGUGAACAAGCUGGUCUGAUAUGUUAAGAACAGAAGUGAAUACUAUCCUGCCUCUCAGAACCGUUUGUUCCUGGGUGUGAAAACGCAAACUAGCCAGGAUUGAUUCCUAUUAAAUUGUUAGGCAAUUGCUUUGUUAAUGAUUUCUUCAAAUGCAGAGUAUGAUGCGAUCCUUUGGCAUAUGCAUUAAUAAAUGGUGUAUACUGAGCA